AUGGCGAUGAAAGUUGUUGUUUUGCUGACAAUUUGCGCGGUCGCCGCGGCGCAGAGGCCAUUCUACGCUGGUCUGAAGCCAAUAGGCUUCCCUGAUGCUGCAGCACCAAAUCCGUUCUCCAAUCGGUUCGGGGAAGAUGCUGAUCAGCCGAUCCUGGCUAAUAGAGAUGGGAAUUUGAUUAAUCGCCUCAACCAGUUGCCAGUGGACAAGCAGCCAUUUUGGUAUCUCAACUGGCAGAAAAUGGCUACCUUUGUAGUUCUACUAGCAAUUUUAACAGCUGCCGCUGCUCAGAGGCCAUUUUUCGCUGGUUCCAAACCAAUAGGAUUUCCAGACAUACAACCAGAAACUCCGCCUCCCAUUCAAGAUCUGCCGCUCGAAGCCAGAGGAGAUCGGGAACUGGUGGAGCGUUUGAAGCAAUUGCCAGUAGACAAGCAGCCGUUUUGGUUCUUGAACUGGCGGCAGUAUGAGGAGCAGAUGAAAAACCCGGAAACUUAUUCACUGAGACCGAGCAUUUUCAAUAGACAAGACCCAUAA